CAAUUAAGUCCUGUUUACUCCAGUAACGCAUGACAUAUGUUGGACUGGACAAACAUGGUGAAGUGCUGCGGUAAUGUGCGAAUGUUUUGAACCCCCGAUUGUCCAUUGGUUCUAAAACCCGUGUCGGAUACGCCUCUGGAUCUAUCUUACUCACACUUCCCAGUUUGGAGAAACUACCAGAACACUUCCUAAUCUAUACACACGACACAAAUGAGUUAGCAUCCAUGCGAAUCUAAAUAAAGACUUAAACAUGAUGAAAAGUUACCAAAGACAUGGAAUUGUGGUGUUCAUAAGCGUUUGCCUAUACGGUAUCAUCGCAGCCCAACCCAACAUCCUGAUGGACACCUCAAGGUUGGAAAACCCCGGUGUUGAAGGGAUUAUUCAAAUCCAUCCUGACAGUCAAGCUGUGACCUUGAACAGCACCGUUCGACUGCAAUGUCGUGUGCGAAUAUUGACUGAUCCACAAACGGGCGCGGGUGCGCAAGUCUAUUGGUCAAAAAACGAUUUCGGUAUCGGUGGCAGUCGGGAAGAUAUUCAAGAAUAUGGUCGUAGUUCCCGGUAUUCUUACUCACGGUACGACUUACCGUAUAACCUGAAAGACGGUCAGUAUGACUUACAAAUCACCAACGUUGAAUUGUCAGACGAGGGAUCCUAUGUUUGUCAGGUGAACUUUAUGAAACAUCAGUAUCUCAGUCAGACAGCGCUGCUGACUGUCCACGUUCCUUCGGAGGCACCCAAGUUGUAUCAGAUCACAAAAGAAGGGAAAGGUCCAGAGGUCGAGAUUGGUUCAGCAACUCCAGCUAUUGUGGACGAUGGCGCGAUCCUCGUACUCAAAUGUGUCGCCCGCCAUGGAAAGCCUGGAGCUAUAAUCUCUUGGUCAAUCGACGGAGUUCCAAUACAAGUUGAAACGGAUCCGGUCAAGAAGAUCAAUGUGUUCCGAGCUGGUUUCACAGGAAACCUAACAAACUCGUUGAUGCCAUCUCCCAGCUUUCCUAGACUAAAAGACGCGAGCAGUCAAAUGUCAGCAAGGCUGAACAAAUUGCACCAUGGCAAACUGGUCGAAUGCCGGGCAACAAACCUUGGUUACGACGAACAGGCUCUACGUCCGGCGUUCACGAAAUUGGAGGUACACUAUGCACCCGUUGUCAGCAUACAAGUGCGACCUCCGAGGCGUGAUAACGAGUACAUGGAACACGAUAUCAUUACGGUGGAAUGCGCGGCUCAUGGUCGGCCGGAUUCUUUCAUGUGGGAAUGGUUUGUCAACGGCAGACAAGUUGAGAAUAUCGCCGACCCAUGGUAUCGUCUGCGACUGACAAGAGACAUGCACAAUGCCGUAUUCCGCUGCAUCGCCAUUUCGAACAAAAAGGGACAUACCGAAACAACAGUUCGAGUGAAAUUUGGACCACAGUUUCUCGAGCCUUCUCCACUUUUGUUUACCGCCUCGGUUGGAGAGGAUAUCGCGAUGGAGUGUCCGGCUAGAGGUAAUCCAACACCUCGUAUAGAUUGGCGUCGCGAAGGCGGGCAUGAGGUAUUACACAGAGGAGUGACCUACAGAAAAGAUAGCCUGCGUGAUGAUGAUUUCGGAACAUACAUCUGUACGGCUUACGUCAGUGAAUUUCCUCCGGUCUCUAAACAAAUGUAUAUUUCCAAGAGAAGGCCACCAACAAUCCAACCGAAUCCUGUAGUUCAUGCCAAGCUUGGACGAACGGCACGCUUGCGAUGUACUGUCAACUCGGUUCCUCAGCCACCUCUAGACCAGACACAUUGGUAUUUUAACGGACGGCCUGUUCGACAGGACAAUCAUCACACAUUCGAACGCGAAGAGUUUCUCGGUGGAGUGGUACUCAUAUUACAAAUCGCUCACGUGAUGAGGACCGACUAUGGGAAGUACAACUGUACCGUUAGAAAUGGAUACGGAUCUGACUGGAAACUGAUUGAACUUAGUCAACAAGGUGAGUGGUAUGACAAUGAUGUGACUGGUCUAACUAAUCAACAACAAACAAUGAACAUUUUUCACCUUAUUAUACACCAUCGCUUGGUUCUCCACACGGAAGGCGAGAUGGCCCAAGUGGUCAGAGCGGAAUUUACUGACCGGAAGGUCCGUGGUUCGAACCCGAACUCCGCCUCUUCACUUCCCCUGUCUAGGCUUGGGCAACCUGGCAGUAUCCCAGCCCUCGUGAUUCCUUCGGGUGGCAUGUCAACUAGGCACCGGAAGGGUGCUACAGCUGAACGCUCUCCAUCAGGUCGUCAAAACCAAAACAGCAGUACAUCGAUGCGGCCAGUGCAAGCCCCGUUCUCCGAAUAUGGGGUGAUUAAUUCGGAAUUCAAAGCCCCCUUGUCCAGUCAGAAUGGGUCUUACCGCUCGUCUUACAGUCCAUGGUACCCAAAUGCGACAGUACAACCACAGACAUCAUAUAUUGGUUGUGGCUCGGACACGGAUGAGCAGCGUUCCGUAACCAAUGGCCCCCCGAAAUUCAGCCAGGAGAAAUAUUUCUAUGAUGACUCCAAGGUUGACACUUGCCCAAACUCAAACAUGCCACUUGGAAUUUCUUCGGCAUACUGUCCAAACAUGUCCUCUUGUCAGCUCAUUCAGCCGUUGUGCAAUGGAGGGGGCUAUAUUUCCACCAUCGAUGCACGAUUCUUACCAACCACACAGCCCACAUACAUCACUGGAUGUCCAACUUUCAUUUCUGGUGCAGCAAUGGUUGGCGCGACAAAUCAACCAGAUUUUAUCCCAGAAACCAUCAGUUUACAGCCUUUGGAUUCGCUCGGUGGUGGAUGUUUGUUCACCACUGCAGACGGACACCAAGUAACCACAGUGCCGCAAAUUGCCACUCUGGACUUGACCAACGGUAUGCCGCAUCAUCUGACAACACCAAGUAUUUACUCCGGCGACGCAGCCAGUGGAACCAGUUCAGUGGACCAAGUACAAAGCUAUAUGAACCACAAUAAGGGCGAGCUGUCGGACAAUGCCCGGUCCCCAUCGCACUCUGGCAGUGGCAGUAUGCAGUUUCGGCAACAGACGGUAAAUUUGCCGUCGUCUAUCACCUUGGGGGUUCAGCCAGAACUACACGGAAUUAGUUACGUCAUCAACGAGCACACGACCAACGUUUGAUGACCUAAAGCAAACUCGUGGAGUUCAUCAACCCGCUGCCAGUAGCAAAAUAUCAGACUUCGUUUGAGUGCCUUACAAACCGUGAGCUCAGAGUGCGUGCUGCGCUAUCCACCCUUUUGGUACUUUCCCAUUUCGAUGUGAAUUCAGCAAAACUUGCCAAAUUUCGUUCGUUCUUACUUCUGUCUUCCAACGAAACUUAUGUUAUUGCAGAUAAUCCGGUUAAUUCAGAAUACACACACAUCCACUGUUCAUUUUACGCCUGUUAUGCCCAAACAGUACUCCGCAAAUUUGUUUUAAAUAACUGCUGGCGCAACAUUGCCUCCUUUCUUGUCCAAUCAAUUUUAACCCACUCU